GCCACAGCUGCAGCCCCGCCCGCCAGCUCACCACCACCUCACCCAGGCUGAGCCGGGUACAAAUAGUGGCGCCGUCCUGUGUCGCCCAACGGAGCUGCUGGGACAUGGAGCUGUGUGCACCUGCGCCAGGGGGCAACAGCCUCGAGGACAGAACCCCGGGGGCGGAAGGGGUGCGCCCCGAGGGCCUGAUGGAACUGCCCGCAUCCUUCGGCGAGCUGCUGGCCUUCUUCUGCACGCACGCCACCACGCACGGGGCCCUGCGCCUCCUGUGCUGGCGCCAGAACCGCCUCCGGGCGGCGUGCUGGGCGCUGCUGCUACUUGGGGCCCUGGGUGUCCUGUGCUGCCAGUUCCGGACGCUCUUCCAGGACUACUGGCGCUACCCGACCGCUGCCACCGUGUCUGUACGCUCCGAGCCCAGGCACUUCCCUGCUGUCACCCUGUGUGACAUGAAUCCACAGUGGCCCGGCCCUCUCCAAGCCCACCUACAGGCACUGGACAAGUUAGCCCAGGAAAACAUCUUCUCCCUCUACAAGUUCAACCUCAGCAAGGCGGGAGGCGACCCCUCUGCCCGCUGGCCUGGCCUGGAGCCCACCUUCCCGCUGGGCAACGGGACCCGCCUGCAGAGGUUGAGCCAACUGGGUAGCCUUGGCCGAGUGGGGUUCAGAUUGUGUAACAGCUCCGGCGGAGACUGCUUCUAUCACGCCUUCCCGUCGGGCCUGGCAGCCGUCCAGGACUGGUACCGCUUCCACCAGCUGAGCAUCCCAGCGCAGCCACUCAGAGCCCAGCGGGCCAGCCACGCUGACCGCUUCGUCCUCUCCUGCCACUAUGACGGCCGGUCCUGCCACACCCGAGCUGGGGGUCUGAGUGGCUCUCGCUUCAGGCACGUUGACACCCACCAGCACCCCACCUUUGGCAGCUGUUACACCUUCCGUGGGAUGCGGUCCUUGCGGCACCCCAGCCUGGCCUACGGGCUCAGCCUGGUUGUCCGGGCUGAGCCGCAGCUCCACAUCCCGGAGCUGGUGGCCGAGGCCGGGCUGAAGAUCCUGGUGCACCGGCAGGACCGUUCACCCUUCCUGGAGCACCAGAGCUUCAGCAUCCGGCCCGGCACCCAGACCACCAUUGCUGUCCGAGAGGUCCAACUGCACCGGCUCGGGAACCCCUACAGCCGAUGCAUGGCCGGCUCGGGCCCGGAGGACGAGGAGGACCCAGGCCAGACGCUGCUCUACAAAGGCUCCUACAGCCGGCAGGCCUGCCUGGCCUCUUGCUUCCAGCAGCUGAUGGUGAACGUCUGCGCCUGCGCCGUCUCCCUGCACCCCCUGCCGGCGGGGGCGGAGUACUGCAGCUUCCCGCGGCACCCGGCCUGGGGCCACUGCUUCUACCGCCUGCACCGGGACCUGGAGGACCAUAAGCUCCCCUGCACUGCGCGCUGCCCCAGGCCCUGCAGGGACUCUGCCUACACACUGUCCGCCAGGACCUCCAGGUGGCCGUCGGCCAAGUCUGCUGCCUGGAUGCUGGCCGUGCUGGGGGAGCCUCGCUCCGAUGGGACCCCAGGCCCCAGGAGUGUGGCCAGGGUACGUGUCUACCACCAGGAGCUCAGACACCACUUGGUGCAGGAGACGCCUGUCUACUCGGUGCCCAGGCUGCUGUCAGCCAUGGGCAGCCUGUGGGGCCUGUGGUUCGGCUCCUCAGUCCUGUCGGUGCUGGAGCUGCUGGAGCUGCUGCUGGACGCCACAGCCCUUGCCAUGCUCCUGAGCUGCCGCUAUCUUCGUACCGUUCUGGGGGCCAGGGCUCAGGACCCCGGCCAAGCCAGGGGGCUGCAUCCCAGCAGCUGUGACUCCGAGGGCCAGCGGCCGGCUGGCCUCUCCCACAGCCCUGCCGGGGGUACUCUGGCUGUAAACUCAGAGCAGAGAGCGGCCCCAGACUCAACCCACUUGGGGCCCAGAGAAACCGGGCAGGAUGGCGAGCACCUACCCGGAAAGCAUCUAGGUGGGCAUAGGUCCGGAUCACUGGUGCCCCACAUGCACCUGGCACAGCCCGGGCAGCUAUCAAGCAAAAGGGCCAAAGAGUGUGCUCCAGGGGAGCACAACUGCAGAAGUCCUCACAGCCCUGCAAGGACAUGAGCACCCUAGGGUGAGCAACCAGCCACACUCCCCUGGAAUACAGUGCAAGCACCAAAGCCAAAGGAGACAGAACCGGAGGCCAGAGCGACAGGACAGUGGGAGGGUGCUGGUCUUACGCACAGAUGACCUGGGUUCGAGCCCCUGGACCCGCCAAGAGCAAUCCUGAGGGCAGAGCCAGGAGCGAGCCUUGAGCACCACGGACCAGCGAGCCACAGCCACUCUGCUCGCCCGUGUGCCC